GUUCGUCUCUCCUUUCUCCUUCACAGAGUCCCGUUGUAUCGAACAUAGCUGAGAAAAUUGGACGCUCCGCGACAUAAAUAAAGAGAGUAUGGCAGAGAAAAGAGUGGGCAGUGUGGUGGAGCAGGACAAGACAGGAAAAGGCAAGCAGGCAGAGAACAAAGGCCACUGUGCGACAUGUCACCACCCCGAACCCAAAGGACAUGGCACAAUGGCUGUCCCUCCCGCAUACUCUGACUUGGGGAAAUCUGCCAAAGACAUCUUCUGCAAGGGCUACGGCUUUGGAGCUUUGAAGCUGGACAUUAAGACCAAGUCGCAGAGUGGUGUUAUGGAGUUUGCCACCUCCGGCUCCAGCAACACAGACACAGGGAAAUCAGGAGGCCACUUGGAGACCAAGUACAAACUGACUGACCUGGGCAUCAGCUUCAACCAGAAAUGGAACUCAGAUAACACUCUCACCACAGAACUCACCAUGGAGGACCAGCUGGCUAAGGGCCUGAAGCUUGGUCUGGAUGCGUCAUUUGUGCCCAACACCGGCAAGAAGAGUGCCAAACUGAAGACGGGUUACAAGCGUGACUACAUUAACGUGGGCUGUGACCUGGCCUUCGACAUGGAUGGUCCCACCGUCCACGCAGCCGCUGUGCUGGGUUAUGAGGGCUGGCUGGCUGGCUACCAGUUGGCUUUUGACACUGCCAAAUCUAAACUAACCCAGAACAACUUUGCCCUUGGAUACAAGGCCGGUGACUUCCAGCUUCAUACCAAUGUUAACGAUGGAACAGAGUUUGGUGGCUCCAUUUACCAAAAGGUGAACAGCAACUUAGAGACAGCAGUCCACCUGGCCUGGACAGCUGGCAGCAACAACACGCGCUUUGGAAUUGGAGCCAAAUACCAGCUGGAUAAGGAUGCCUCCCUGUCUGCCAAAGUAAACAACGCCUGUCUUGUUGGAGUUGGAUACACACAAACCCUCAGGCCAGGAGCGAAGCUCACCCUCUCAGCUUUGAUUGACGGGAAGAAUGUGAAUGGUGGUGGACACAAAGUUGGUAUGGGUUUUGAGAGGAGGACCGACAAGAAAUGCGAGAAGAAAGCAAUGCAGGACAUGAAUGCAGAGCCCAGCUGUGACACUACAAAGGUCCAUUCAGCACCAUGUAAACACACCUUCCCUCUACACACAUAUGUGCAGAUACACACAUUCUUUGGCCUUAACCCUGAAACCCCAAGCAGCCUCCAAGACCUCCAGCACUGUACGUUUUGA